UGUAUCCAUAGCCUUUGUGCAUUCCCCAUCUCUUUCUCUCUCCUGUUCUUCGUCAACUCUGGUCCACUCCACUCCAAUCCAAAAACCUCCAAAAACAAAAAAGAAUCCACCAUUAAUCACGAACAACAAUGGAACCUCAAUACUCUCUCAAACGCCACCACUCUCACUCUAAUCCGCCUUUAUUGUCAUCAGCUCCGCCCACUCAACAACCCAAACCCACCGACAACGGCGGCGAAAUCCAAUUCCGAAUUCUUUGCCCCGCCGUAAAAGUCGGUGGAGUUAUUGGUAAAGGCGGCGCCGUGAUACGGCAACUUAGAGAAGAUACUGGUGCUCGUAUUCGUAUCGUUGACGACCUCCCCCCUUUUACCCGCUGCGACGAAAGGGUAAUCCAUAUCGUUGCCGAUUCUAAAAACCCUAACCCUAAUUCAAUUGAGGAGAGGGAAGAGGGGUCGGUGGCGCAGGCGGCGUUGGUGAAGGUGUUUGAGAGGAUAUUGAAGGUCGAUGAGGAGAGGAGUGAGAAGAAUGAAGAGCAGAGGAGUGAGAAAAUGGACGAUGAUAGAAGGGAGAGUGGUAGUAAUAGUAAUGGCGGUGGUAGUGGCGGUGGUGGUGCACAUAUAGUUUGUAGAUUGUUGGCGCCGAGUAAUCAAGUUGGGUGUGUUCUUGGGAGGGGAGGGAAGAUUGUGGAGAAGCUUAGGCAAGAUAGUGGUGCUCAAAUUAGGGUUUUGCCGAGGGAGCAGCUUCCAGCUUGUGCUUCGUCUGGGGAGGAACUCAUUCAGAUAGCAGGAAACAUUCAAGCUGUAAAGAAAGCUCUCUUGUCAGUUUCAAGUUGUCUUCAGGAGCACCCCAGAGCUGAUAUGUUUCAAGGAACUAACAUUAGUCCGACAGAUUCUUUCCCUCAAAGAGGUGGUCAUGCUGCCGAUCAUAACCAUAGGAUGACUCACGAAGAUGAUGUCGUUUUCAGAAUGCUAUGCCAUGUGAGUAAAAUUGGUGGUUUGAUAGGAAAAGGUGGGUCCGUUAUACGGGCGAUUCAAAGUGAAACUGGGGCAUCAGUCAAGAUAGGCGAUCCUGUUGCUCCUGAUUCAGAUGAGCGGGUUGUAAUCGUAUCAGCACGAGAGAGUAUGGAACUGAAACACUCUCCUGCUCAGGAUGCUGUCAUUCGUGUGCACAGCAGAAUAGCUGAGGUCGGAUUUGAACCAGGUGCUGCUGUUAGCCGGCUUCUUGUCCAUUCACAACAAAUAGGUUGUUUAUUGGGUAAAGGAGGGCUCAUUAUUGCAGAAAUGAGAAGACUUACUGGUGCUAGUAUUCGAAUUUUUGGCAGGGAACAAGGCCUGAAUCCUAAUUCCCAAAGUGAUGAAGUUGUGCAGGUCAUUGGGAGCUUACAGUCAGUACAGGAUGCUUUAUUUCAGAUUACCAGUAGGCUUCGGGACAUUGUGUUUCCACCAAAACAACACCUUUCUCAUGUUAGUAGCUCAUCUUACUUCACUAAUUAUCAGGAAUUACCAUCUCCUUCAUUUCGGCCUAGACAUGAUCAGGCUUCCCCCGGUCAUUAUCAUUCGCCUGUUGGAUUGCCUCAUGCCUACGAUAACCGUUCUUCUGGUCAAGGCCAAGCCCAUUCAUCGUUUCCACAUGAUAUGGAUAGAACUGACGGAGCUACUGGUGAACAUGAUCAUCAUCAUUAUGGUGGUGAUAGAACUUCUUAUGGCCUGUCAUUUGAGCGACUACCUUCUCCUAAAGCGUGGAAUCCUCAGGCAGUUGACUACGGGAAUCCUAGCAGAUUUUCUGAUGCAGGGCCUGGGCCUUCAGGUGCUGUUGCAAAUAAUAGUGAAAGUGGUCAGAUGUCAAUGGUGAAAUCUGUAGAAGUUGUAGUUCCGCAGAUAUUGCUACCUCAUGUUUAUGGAGAAAACAAAACUAAUCUUGGUCAUAUUACACAGUUUUCUGGAGCUGAUGUAAUUGUUCAUGAUCCAAAUCCGGGGGCAUCUGAGGGCCGAGUUGUAAUAUCAGGAACUCCAAGCCAACUGCACACGGCACAAAGCCUUGUUCAAGCCUUCAUCUUCUGCGGUCAAGCAUUUUGAGGACCAUAAUACAACUCACAUGCAGUCCAGACGGUUGAAAGCAAGAUGUGUACAUUAUUGUGCUAACCUGUAUAACAUGUUCCCAAUUUUGUUAGUUAAGUUGAUGUUUCAGAAACAAAAAGAAGCCGAAUUGAGUCGUUUCAUUCUUUUAAAUUGUUUAUGUAUUAAUCCGAUAUAUCUGUUGAUUUGGCCAAUUGGGUCGUUUCAUUCUUUUAAAGAAUUGGACAUCCAUCAAAUUUGUGGAUGAUAGGUAAAACUUGUUGCUCUUUUGAUACAUAACUGUAAAUUUCCAUACUUUGUCAAUAAGUCAAAUUUUUGUAACAGCUUGAUCUAUAUGGAUUAUUCUUUUGAUACAUAACAAGGGUUGCUACUCCUUUGUUGAAA